UGGAUGUUUGUAGCCCACCACACGUGUAUUCACCAGCUCCGACUAGCUUCACCAGCCUGUGAUUGUGUGCGUUUGUUACACACAAUAUGGCAAAGACAGACGCUACAAAUAGUAGAAAAAGGCAAAGCAAGGUCAUCACCAAUGAAGUUGUAGAAGAAGAGCACAACGUUAACACUGAAGGACAGAUUGAGAGGACAGAGAUGAAACAGGAGGAGAAGGACCAAGAUGAACAAGAUUCUCAGAUGGACACUGUCAUUGAAGUAAAAGCAAACACACCUACUGUAACCGUAUCCUGGGAGAAGAAGAAUGAGGAAGGAGAGGGUGAGGAUUUGGAAAGGAGAACCAACUCAAGUAAUCAGAUGACUGCAAGAGAGAUGAUGCGUAGUGAAUCCCAAAUGGACACCGCCACUGGAGAAAGCGAAUGUACCCCCACAGUAACUGUGACUCUGGCAAAGAAGAAUGAAGGAGGACAGAGCGGUCGUGUUAAACAGGAAAGCAAAGGAAGUGAACAGAUGGUUGUUGAAGAGUUAGCAGUUAAUGGGAAACGGAAGACACACUCUAACAUUGACACUUCCCCGUCAAAGAAAACCAAGCUCAUAAAUGACGGUUUUUGUGUUUUUGUUGGCAACCUGAACACGUCCAAACCAUUUGAAGAGGUCAGAGAUUCGUUAGCAAAUUACUUCAUGACGCAAAGUCUCCUGGUUCAAGGCAUCCGAUUAGACCGGUCGAAGAAACAUGCACAUGUAGAUAUGGCCUCAGAGAUGGACGUGACUAAAGCCUUGACGUUAAAUGGAGAGAAGAUCCUUGAUAAGCCUUUGACGAUCGCUAAAGCAAAGGUCAAAAGUGAGGACGAGGUGAAGGUGAAAGCUCCACAGGUGGACAAAAAAGUAAAAGAUGCCAGAUGUUUGUUUCUGAAGAACAUCCCAUACACCGCAACAAAAAAAGACAUUCUCAAAGUCUUCCACAAGGCCGUCGCCAUCCGCUUUCCUGGUGGAACUAAAGGCCCAAGCAAAGGUAUUGCCUUUGUGGAGUUCAAAAAUAAAACCAUUGCUAAGAAAGUACAGCAGAAAAAACAGGGAGUAAAGAUCCAAGGCCGGGUUUUAAUUGUGGACUGUGUAGGAGAAACAACUGUACCUAAAGUCACCAACGCUACUGACGAAGACAGCAACACAAAAGCUGCAGCUCCUCCAAACAACAUCUUAUUUGUGAGCAAUUUGUUGUACAAAGCGAAAGAAAAAAGCCUCAACAAAAUCUUUCCGAAAGCUGUUAGCAUCAAAAUGCCUCAGAGCAAAGGCAAAUCAAAAGGAUAUGCGUUUGUCGAGUUUGCAACUGUGGCAGAUGCUGAAAAGGCUUUGCAGGAGUCCCAAAACAUGAAGAUGUCCAAAAGGCAGAUCAGAGUCCAAUUCUUUGAACUGAGAGAAAAGCCACAGAAGGCAAAAGUCAUAUCAAAAACACUGAUUGUAAGGGGCCUGGCUGAGAAGACGACUGCAGAGACUCUUAAAGGUGCCUUUGAAGGAGCCCUCAGUGCAAGAGUCACUGUAGAUAAAGAGACUGGAGUCUCCAAGAGCUUUGGUUUUGUGGAGUUUGCGAGCGAAGAAAAGUGCAAAGCUGUCAAAGAAGCCAUGGAGGACUGUGAGAUAGAUGGCAGCAAAGUGAAUGUGGCUUAUGCAAAACCCAAGAGUGAAAAGAGUCGCCAAGGAGCCAGAGGAGGCUUGGCGCAGCGUCCUGGUGGUCAGCCUGCAGGUCGGGGGGCUGUCAGAGGGGGGCGUGGAGGCAGAGCUGGGAGAGGCAGCAGAGGAGGAGGGGGAGGACGUGGAGCCGCUGUGCCGCAGGCUGCUGUUAAAGAAGUGGAAAAUAAAAGCUGACGUGUCUUUGGAAAAUGACCAUAUAGAGUUAUUUUUUUUUGAAACGUGUAUGAGCGCAAGACUUUUUUGAGUUGGAUUGAAUGUACAGACUGUGCAAGGGUGUGAUCCAGUGUUGUAAAUCGUACUUGACUGUAGGACAUGUGGCAUCUUGUAAUUUCAUUUUUUUUUUAUUACUAAAAAUCAUUAAUUUCAUAACUAUUAUGAAAGCAUGAGAAAGAACCCCGACUUGUUAAAACAUUCUGCAGGUUUAUGUGAAAAAUUUAUUAAGAUUUAAUCAGUGUGUCAUUUUCUAAAGUGAAGAUAAAUUCAUUUUAAAAUCA